AGUGCACUCAUUUCUAAUUUCUAUUUAUCGAUUAGAUUAGGAAAAUGAUAAAACUUUUUUCAUUAAAACAACAAAAAAAAGAUGAAGAAGGCACUGCAAGAGCUGGAGGCUCUCAGAAAAAAGCAUCAGCAGCGCAAUUACGGAUCACUAAAGAUUUAAAUGAAUUGAAUUUACCAAAAACCUGCAGCACAGAGUUUCCAGACCCCGAUGACUUGCUUAAUUUUAAACUAAUCAUAUGCCCCGAUGAAGGAUUCUAUAGAGGUGGUAGAUUUGUAUUUAGUUUUAAGGUAGGACCAAACUAUCCCCAUGAACCGCCCAAAGUGAAAUGUGAAACGGCUGUGUACCACCCUAAUAUAGAUUUGGAUGGUAAUGUCUGUUUGAAUAUACUCAGAGAAGACUGGAAACCAGUACUCACAGUUAACUCCAUAGUUUAUGGACUUCAGUAUUUAUUUUUGGAACCUAACCCUGAAGAUCCCUUAAAUAAGGAAGCCGCGGACGAACUACAAAGCAAUAGACGACUGUUUGAACAACACGUACAGAGGGCCAUGCGCGGGGGAUAUGUCGGCUCGUCUUAUUUCGAACGAUGUCUUAAAUGAAACUCGCCACAAAUGUAUAAUACGCCAGCCUAUAUAAAUAAAACAAUCUCAAUUUAUUUU